AUGGAAGAACGGAAGCAAUCGCGUUAUGUGAAGUUGACCAAAGAUCAGACACCUCUGGAAGAUAUUACCCCUGGCGAACUUAAUCAGCCGAUUCAGGUUCCUCAGCUGGAUGUUCGCAAGUGCCCUGAAUGUAGACAGCCGCUACCUGAAAGUUAUGCACCUCCUGCAGAUGAACCUUGGAUGACUGGGAUCUUUGGAUGUGCGGAAGACAGAGAAAGCUGCUUGACUGGACUGUUUUGUCCUUGUGUAUUAUUUGGGCGCAAUGUAGAAAGAUUGAGGGAAGACACUCCUUGGACUGGGCCGUGCAUUUGUCAUGCCAUUUGUGUUGAAGGUGGAAUUUCUCUGGCAAUAGCAACUGCAGCUGCAACUUCCAUCUUUCCGGGUAUUAACCCAGGGACUGUAUGUCUCAUUGUUGAGGGUUUAUUUUUUACAUGGUGGAUGUGUGGCAUUCACACUGGUCUAGUGCGGCAAACCCUGCAGAAGAAAUAUCACUUGAAGAAUUCACCAUGUAAUGCAUGUUGUGUGCACUGCUGCUUGCACUGGUGUGCCUUGUGUCAAGAACACAGGGAGCUGAAUGGAAGGCUCUCAGACAACAUUUUUUCAGAAAUGACAGUUGUAAACCCUCCUCCCGUUCAAGAGAUGAAACCUACCGAUGAGAAGGAAACUGCUGAAAUGUCUUCUUCACCAAGCAACAACGACCAUACUGAUUUGGAGAUACAGGCUGUGUAA